AUGGCACUUUUCUACGGCGACCCGGACAAGAUCGAUUACGACGCUAUCAAGAAAACUUCAGAAACCCAUAUUAAAGCUGCAACCUCUGGACUAUUUGGAAAUGCAUUGCUCCCACUAGACGAUUCCACAUCUUCCGCGGAGGCUGGAUCCCCCGCGGCUUCGAAGCUUCGCGUCCUGCACAAGUUCCGUGCGGAGUACGCGCCAUCUCAAACGCUCCCAGCAUACGUCCAAAGAAAAAUGGAUGCUGCUGCUGCCAAACGUAAACCCCCAGCCGGUGUGUCCAAGCCUGGUAGUAACCUUGCAACAGCUACAACAACGAUUGACGCGUCCACACGCAAACUCAUUGAAGGCGUCCCGAUUCCUUCUGAAUCCUCGGCGCUGGCACUCCGACACAAACACACACCGUCGUCCGGCUCACAAUCCUCGUCUCUUAUCAACAAAAACAUUUACGCCCAGGAAAAACCCCAGUGGCACAGGCCAUGGAAACUUAUGCGCGUCAUCAAUGGCCACCAGGGCUGGGUCCGCAGCGUGUGUGUCGAGCCUGAUAAUCAAUGGUUUGCAACAGGCUCUUCUGAUCGCACAAUCAAGAUCUGGGACCUUGCCUCGGGCGAACUGCGGUUAUCACUUACGGGUCACAUUAUGGCUAUUCGUGGGCUUGCAGUCUCUGACCGUCACCCUUACUUAUUCUCAGCUGGUGAAGACAAGAUGGUCAAGUGCUGGGAUCUUGAAACAAACAAGGUUGUCCGCCAUUACCAUGGCCAUCUUUCCGGUGUAUACUCUCUUGCACUCCAUCCUACUCUUGACGUUCUUGUUUCUGCAGGUAAUGAUGCUGUUGCGCGUGUUUGGGAUAUCCGUACGCGUCAACCCAUUCACGUUCUCACUGGCCAUAAAGCCGCCAUCACCCAGGUCCGUUGCCAGGCGGCCGACCCACAGGUCGUCACCACUUCUGUUGACACCACUGUCCGUUUAUGGGAUCUUGCUGCUGGUAAAACAACUACCGUGCUGACGCACCACAAGAAGCCUGUUCGUGGGCUGGCGCUACACCCAGAAGAGUUUACCUUUGCAACUGCCAGUCGCGAUAACAUCAAACAAUGGAAGUUCCCUGAUGGCGACUUUAUGAAUAACUUUUACCCCCCACUUAAUUCCAUUGUCAAUACCCUCAGUGUCAAUCAAGAUGGUGUCAUGUUUGCCGGCGCAGACAAUGGCGCUAUUGGCUUUUUCGAUUGGAAAACUGGUCACAAGUUUCAAGAAACUGCAACAAUUGCAGGCCCAGGCUCUCUCGAGUCAGAAAAUGGUAUUUUUGCUAGUACUUUUGACCACUCAGGAAUCCGGCUCAUUACAGGCGAGGCAGACAAAUCCAUCAAAAUAUGGAAAGAAGACGACCAAGCAACCCCGGAGUCUCAUCCAGGCAUUCCAUGGAAACCGCGGUUAGGCCGCCAAAACUACUGA